AUGGACGUCAAGGAAAUCAAGUCUACAGUGUCAAAUCUCGAGAAAAGUACGGAUAAUGAAACCAUCUUGAAACUCUUAAACAUAUUAAACGACGGCGUCCAGCCCUCAGAGAAGCUUUUGCGAGAAACAAAGGUUGGUGUCGCUGUCAACAAGUACAGAUCAAACUCUAGCAGCGAGAUCAGCAAUCUUGUCAAGAAGAUGAUCAGGAAGUGGAAGGAGGUUGUUCAAAGCGAAAAGUCCAUGAAGAAACUGAAAGAAAAUGCACCUGCUGCACCUGCUUCCUCUGCUUCUCCUGCUUCUGUUGGUGCAGACUCCAAAAGACCAGAGGCUGGCUCCACAAAUAGCAAAUUCCACAAUGGCCCUAGAAAUCCAAAGACCGACGGUGUCAACACCGCCAUCUACGAAAACACAACACGUAACGGGUCCUUGUCUGCCUUGUACACUGCUUUAGCCAUAGAGAGAGAUGAUGACAGCAAGAAAAUCCUCAACGUUGCCAAAGAGAUUGAGACAGAGGUCUACAAAGCAGAGUACUCUCAAGUCAAUGACAGCUACAGAAAUAAGCUUAGAACCUUCACCAUGAACCUCAGAAACAAAAGAAACCCAGAGUUGAGAGGUAGAUUGUUGGAAGGAACCAUUACACCUCAAGCUUUCACUAAGAUGACGCCUAACGAGAUGGCUCCGGAAGCUUUGAAACAAGAAAUCGAGAAAUUGAACAAGCAGAAUCUUUUUGACGCCCAGGGCGCCACGGAGAAGAGAGCAGUGACCGAUAGAUUCACCUGUGGUAAAUGUAAGCAUAAGAAGGUCAGUUACUACCAGAUGCAAACACGUUCCGCGGAUGAGCCUUUGACCACAUUCUGUACCUGUGAGAACUGUGGAAAUAGAUGGAAGUUCUCAUAG